UUCUUUUCUUUAUUUUUUUUAAAUCGAUACAAACGUUUGUGAGAGAAAAUUCUUAAAAGAAAAUUUUUGUUUGUGGCCACAUUGAAAAAAUUAUUAUAUAAUGCCCGAAUUGCCUUCAAGUUUAUUUUGGUGGAGAACACUUGCCGUUCUCUGUUUUGUCGUUUCAAUCAUCACAAUCAUUCUCGUUCUAUUUUCUGGUAUUUACUGGCCACUUGUUUUUGUGCCCAUUCCGAUUGGUGCAGGCUUCGGAAUUUUUGGCAGAUGUGGAAAUACUUCCCCAAUAAUCGUUCGAAACUAUUAAAAAAUUCAUUUUUUGAUGAAAAAUUUUUACAAAAUAAAUAUUUAUAAUAAAUAA